AUGUUUAAAACAGAAGAGAACAAUAAUAAUUAUUUAAAUAACCUCAAUUUAAAAGGAAAGGUAUGCUCAGAUUUUAGUCUUAGCAAUACACCAAGUGAUGAUCGCAUGAAUAUAACAGAUAAUAAAGUAUACAACUCUGAUAAAGAAAAAAAUCUAAACGAUAAAGGCUCUUUUAAGUUAGACAACUGCUACGAAGGAGAUAUUAAUAGCAGCACUAGUAGUAAUAUCAACUGCAAUAAUGUUGUUAGUAGUAAUAAUAAUAGCACUAAUGGUGAUAGUAAUUUAGAUACCUUGCAAAUGCUGGAUAGCUUAAACUAUUGGUAUGGAAGCUCCUUUUCUAAGGAAAAUAUUCUCAAAAAAAACAAAAAUUUCUUAUCAGGAGAUAAGAAAGGUAUGAGUCAGAGUGAUUACUUGAACAUUAAGAAAAGCAAAUUGAUAAAUUAUUUAAAUUUUUUCAUGCGAGUGUGUUGCAGUAAGAGUUCUUAUAUAAAGUUUGUGAAUCACUAUUUUAAUAUAAUUUAUAGUAAUAACAUAAAUAUUUUGUUUAAAUAUGAGUGUAUUUUACAAAAAUUUGGAGAAUAUAAUGAAAAGAACUUGACUGCUCAGGAUUAUUAUAAUGGGUAUGUAAAUUUGAAUAAGGUUCCCUUAUUUUUGAAUGAAAGUAAUAGUUCAUUAUAUGGAAAGUUGACUGAUAUAAAUAGUAAGCAAGAACAUUUAAGGAGUAGUACUAAUUUUGAAAAGAAUAUUUUAAGUUUUUUAAGUGCAUAUGACAAUUUGACAAUAAAUUUUUUUAACCAUAUAUUUAGUAAAUUGAAUAAUGGAGAGAUGAAUAUGGAUAAUUCAAAUGUUGAGGGUAUGAUAAAUAAUUUUUUGUAUAAAAAAAAGUUAUUAAAAGAAAAUGUAUUUAAUUUAUUAUUGAAAUUAAGUAAGUCUUAUGAAGUAAAAUAUAGUGAAGUUAUAAAUGAUAUACAAAACGGUGAGCAUAUAAAAGAAAAGAAUGAAGAACGAAUAUUGGAUUUAUUGAAUCAUAAGGAAGUUAUAAAAUCGUCUAUUACCAAUACAGUAGAUAAAGAUCAUAUUGAUAGUAAAGAUGAAAAUGAUGAAAAGAAGUUGAAUGAUAAUAGUAAUGAACAUAUACAAAGCAAUGUAAAUAAUAAUAUUGAUGAUGAUAAUAAUGUUGGUUGUGAUGUGGAUAAUUUAAAUGAUCCGAAAUUCAGUUCAGAUAGUUUAAAAGAUACAUGUAAUAUGAAUGAUAAUAAUGAAAUAGUGGAAGUAGAUAAAGAAAAAGAUAGUGAUGGUAUAUAUAAUUUAUGUAAUAUAAAUGAUAAUAAUAUAAAUAAUAGUAAUUUCCAUAAUAUAGAAAGUAAUAAUACUGACAACAAUGAGAUGACUACAACAAGUGCUACGACUGUUACUACUAUAACUACAGCAACUGUAGCUACAACGAUGACUCCGAAUACUAUGGUUUGUUCUAAUAGCGAGUUGAACAAUUCUUGUAAUAAUAUGAAAAGUAGUGAAGUUUCUAUAUUAGAUGAUAUAAAAGAAAAAUUGAACGAAGAAAUAAAUAUGUAUGACAGUAUAUAUAAUUAUCAGGUUAUUGAAGAUUAUGAUUAUAUGAAUAUUCAUAAUAAUGAAGAUGAAGAAAAAGAAAAAGAAAAUGAAAUAUAUAAUAAAAAUAUUCAUAUGAAUAAUAAUAUAUAUAAUAUUGAAAAUAUGGAUAAUAUGGAUAAUAUGUAUAAUAUUUAUAAUGAUGAUAAUAAUUUUAAUUAUUAUAAUAUUAACAAUGACAAUAAUAAUAAUAUAAUAGAAAAUAUGUAUACAUUUUUAAAAAAUAAUAAUUUUAUUCCAAACGAUAAUAUUUAUACCGAUUUCUUUGAAAAUGGAAAUGAUGUAUUUUUAAAUAAAAUUAAAAAAAAUGAUAAGGACGCAUAUUUUAAAUUAAUUGAAAAAUUUGAUCGUAUGUAUAGUAUUAUAAACGACUUUAAAAGUAAUAUAAAACCAUAUAGUUCAAAUGAAUCAGAUAUGAAUAAUAUGCAUGAGUAUAUACAAAAAAAGAAGAAGAAAAAAAAUUUUAAUAAUAAUGAUUAUAUAUUUAAAAUGGGUACAUCUGAAAGUAGUAAAAGAACUCUAAGAAAUAAUUCCUUAACAAAAAAUGAAGGUCUUAAACGUAGUAAAAGAAAUUUAAAAAAAAAUGAUAUAUCAAAAAAGAAGGCAAAAUGA